CAACACCUUGGUUUCAGCAGAGUGUCCGAGAAGCAUACGGUACGACAACUUCUUCUGACGUCCUUGGUUGGGUCUCCAUCGAGGCGUAGAAGGCGCAACUUGCUCGGACGAAGCCGGGCCGAGUUGAGGCGGGCUUUGAGCUCCAGCUUCAUUCCAUGACGAGCUCACAAAGUCCGUCUUGACACCUUCAUGUAGUUAGUGGCGCAAUGGCGGCACGAGCCAACACAUGGCGAGCGCUACUGCGUACGACUCGCACGCGAGUAGCAUCUUCCCAACGAAGCCUAACCACCACGUCGGUUCGCCGAACAGACGGCGUUUUUCGACAACUCACCGACCAGAGGGUACAGACACCAUGGAUCGAGGCCUUCAGGAAGCGGCAACGAGAGGGCCAUGAUGCGGCACCUGGCGAGAAGAAGCCGUCCACGCCAUCUAAUCGUGACCUAACUCCCAAAAAGAUGUCGGAUAGUCAUUACAGCAUCUUACCACUCGCUCAAGACCCAUGGCUGCUGGAUACAUACUUGAACUCUUCUGGCCAUAUCCGGCUCGGUACAAUCUUUAUGGAUCUUGAUGCUCUUUCCGGGGUAAUCGCGUACAAGCAUACCGGCGAUGAUGUGACAACCGUGACCGCAGCCUUUGACCGUAUCACGAUCAAUCAUCCCCUGCAUGAGAUCUGUGACUUGCAAUUGAGCGGUCAAGUGAGCUACACGGGUCGAAGCAGCAUGGAGAUCAGCCUGCAAGUCGCAAGAGCGCCACAGCCCGGUCAAAAGGUCAAGCAGGAGGAUGUGAUGAUUACCUGUCAAUGUACGAUGGUGUCGUUGGAUCCGUCGACGAAGAAGCCGGUCGAGAUUGCGCAAGUGCGGAGAGACACCGAUGAGGAGAAGCAGCUCUUCGAGCAGGGCGAGAAGAACAGCAAGCACCGCAAGGAUCUUGCCAAGCGGUCAUUGCUCAAAACGACGCCGAACGACGAGGAGAGCGAUUUGAUCCACGCAAUGUGGCAGCGGCAACUGCAGUACCACGAUCCAAACGACUCGCUACGCAAACCAGACAAUGUACACUUCAUGGACACGACUCGCCUCAAUACAGCCAAUAUUAUGCAACCACAGUACCGCAAUCGACACAACUUCAUGAUAUUCGGAGGCUUCCUGCUCAAACAGACCUUUGAGUUGGCCUUUUGCUGCGCCGCAUCAUUUGCGCACACCCGUCCAACGUUCGUCUCGCUCGACCCUUCGACCUUUCAGAAUCCGGUCCCUGUUGGCUCCGUAUUGUAUCUGACAGCCACGAUUGUCUAUACCGACCCGCCGCUUGUGUCCAACAGCAACGAAGGUGCAGCAGCGGAGCAGAGUCAGAGCGAUAACCAGCAGACUCGCGUGCAAGUCAGAGUAGACAGUAAGGUGCGGAAUGUGGAGCACGGCGAGACGAAGCCGACUGGGCAGUUCAAUUACACGUUCACUGUGGAUCGAAACAUCAAGGUGCUGCCCAGGACGUAUACCGAGUUCAUGAUGUACGUCGAUGCGAGAAGAAGAGUGCGAAGGGUAAUGGAGAGCAUGCAAGAUGGUGAGAUCGCGGACCGUAAGAAAGGGGACGGCAUCACAGAAUGAGGAAUGACUCACUUGUUUAGCAUACCAAGCGAUUUCCAGUUUGAUCGUCCUGAUGGAAGUAGCGUCUCUACAUAUACCUUGUUCUUAUGAGAAGGUAAAUGACUCGGUUGGAAGCCUGAGCUCGCAAACUCGCAUGACUC